AUGUCUUUCGGUCGAACUGUCACCCUCAACUCGGGCCACAAGAUGCCCCAGAUCGGCUACGGCACCUGGCAGGCUGCCCCAGGUGAGGUCGGCAACGGUGUCUACGAGGCCCUCAAGGCUGGCUACCGCCACCUCGAUCUUGCCAAGAUCUACCAGAACCAGCGUGAGGUCGGCGAGGGCAUCAAGAAGGCUCUCAACGAUGUCCCCGGCCUCAAGCGUGAGGACAUCUUCAUCACCGGCAAGCUCUGGAACAACAAGCACCGCCCUGAGGAGGUUGCCGGUGCUCUCGAUGACUCCCUCGAGGAGCUUGGUCUUGACUACCUUGAUCUCUGGCUGAUCCACUGGCCCGUUGCCUUCAAGAACGGCCCCGAACUCUUCCCCCUAAAGGCCGAUGAUAAGAACAAGACGGAGCUUGACCAGGGCGUCACCCUGUCCCAGACUUGGGAAGCCGUUACCAAGCUGCCCAAGGAGAAGGUUCACUCAAUUGGUGUCUCCAACUUCUCCAUUGACAUGCUUGAGACCAUCAUCAAGGACACUGGUGUCACCCCCGCCAUCAACCAAGUCGAGCGCCACCCUCGUCUUCCCCAGCCCGAGCUUGUCAAGUACCUGAAGGAGAAGGGUAUCUACCUGACCGCCUACUCUGCCUUCGGCAACAACUCAUGGGGCGAGCCUCUUCUCAUCAACACCCCCGAGGUCAAGGCUAUCGCUGAGCGCCUCAGCAAAUCCAAGGGCAAGGAGGUCACACCCGCCCAGGUUAUCCUCGCCUGGUCCACCCUCGACAACCACAUCGUCAUCCCCAAAUCCGUUACUCCCGCUCGUAUUCGCAGCAACUUCGAGGAGGUGGAGCUUGACGAGAAGGCGAUCAAGGAGCUUGAGAAGUUCGGCGAUAAGCCCCAGCGUUUCAACAUCCCCAAGACCUACUCUCCUGAUUGGGACAUUGAUGUUUUCGGUGACGAGAAGGAGAAGACCGCUACCCACAAGGUUGUUCUCAAGCUGUAG